AUGAGCAAUCCUCGGCCUUUGGAGGAGGAGGCAUAUGACAUGUCAGGCGCUCGCCUAGCCCUGACGCUGUGUGUCACCAAAGCCCGGGAAGGUUCAGAGGCAGACAUACACGCCCUGGAAUUAAUGUUUCAGCAGCUGGGAUUUGAGAGUACCAUGAAGAAAGACCCCACCGCCCAGCAAUUCCUGGAAGAGAUGAAAAAAUUCCAGCAUGCCAUUGAUGCCCGGGAAGAUUCCGUCAGCUGUGCUUUUGUGGUACUCAUGGCACAUGGGCUAGAAGGACACCUUGAAGGGGAGGACGAGCAGAUGGUUGAUCUGGAGAAUCUGUUUGAAGUUCUGAACAACAAGAAUUGCCAGGCCCUGAGAGCCAAGCCUAAGGUGUACAUCGUGCAGGCCUGUCGAGGAGAACAAAAGGAUCCUGGUGAAAUAGUAGGUGGAGACAAUAUUGUGAUGAGCGCAAAAGACAGUCUCCAAACCAUUCCAACGUACACAGACAUCCUCCAGGUCUACUCCACCGUGGGAGGGUACAUUUCUUACAGACAUGACAAGGAUGGCUCCUGCUUCAUCCAGACCCUGGUUGAUGUGUUCACAGAAAGGAAAGGACCCAUUCUGGAGCUUCUGACAGAGGUAACCCGGCGGAUGGCAGAAGCAGAGCUGGUUCAGGAAGGGGAAGCAAGGAAAGUGAACCCUGAAAUCCAAAGCACCCUUCGGAAGCGGCUCUAUCUGCAGUAG